AUGCCUUACAACCCUGCCCUUGAUUGCCGGCUGAAGGAGCCCGGCUACAGAUUUUGCGAAGGAGCAUGUAACUGCAAGAAGUGCUGGAUCUAUCCCAGGCUGGGAUGCUACUGUUUUAAUUUUAAUAAGCAUCUGGCCACCCAUCCCCAAGGUCGCCAGCAAAAGGUUUCUAACAAGCAGCACGCUGCUGAUCAGCCGAACAACCAAUCUGCAAGGACCAUCUAUCACCCUCCAGGAACUACAACCCAGAACAAGCUACGGCUCAACAAUUUAAAGAGCCCAUUUAGCGUGGACCACCCAUGUCCACAGUGUCAGUAUCCCUUAGAGGUAACACCACCAGGGACUCGCAUUAUUGAAGACCUUCCCCCCAUCUCCAGGUCCAGUUUCGGGAAGACAGAGUUCACGGAUGCGUGUCCACACGGCGCAUCGACCCGUUGUAAGACCUGCGAGAUCCUCAACUCCGAUAAACCAAAGCCAUGCGGGUGCAAACGCUCCUGCUACUGUACUGGAUGCUGCAACGGACUCUGCCAGUGCCAAGAUGAGAGGUAUAAUAGAACGCCUGAGCAACUCCUGAUAGAAAAGCUCAACCUCACUCGUGCGUCCACAGCGCCAGACAUUCCCCGCCCCCUGAUUGUGGAGGGCCCAGUUGACACUAACUGCAACCCCUACAGGACUAGCGUGACGCGUACCAUGUUCCGGCCAGCAGUCCCUGCAGCGAGUUGCCACGACCAGCAGAGCCUCAGGGAGCUAGAGCGGAUUGAUCGAGAGUACUGCAGGAUUAAGAAGCUUCAGGAGCGAAACGAAGAGAAGCGUGAGGUUAUUCGGGAGCUUGCUGCUGAUGUUCCCAACUGCCUCGUGAACUUUCGCCAGGCAUAUGCGUAUCCUAAGCGCCGCGCAGGUGACACGCUGAUAGAGGUUCACCCCCUCAUGCUGGAGCCCUAUGUGACGGCAAGAAUGUGUUGCAAAGAGGGUCGUGACUUCAUGGUGACAGCAGACGGCGAGACCAAGUGUGCAUGA